GUCUCUGGCGCUGUGAGGCAGCAGCUCUACCCGCUGCGCCACUGUGCUCUUCCCCCUCUCACUUUUUCUCCUGUUCCAUCCAUUAAGAACCUGUGCUCACGUUCACAAUGUUUCUGGAGUAAUGUGCUUCUCUGAAUGGUCUGGUAUAAACACCAGCUUGUACGUGUCCCUACUCAAUCACUAUUAUUCCUCCUGCCUUGUGUUGCUUAGAACGGAACAAAAUAGAUGAGGCACAAAACAAACGCUGGAGCAACUCAGCGGGAUGAACAGCAGCCAGGGGAGGGUGGAAGGAAUAGAAGAUGUACCUUUCACAGAUGCUGCCCGACCCACUGAGUUCCUCCAUCAUCCUGCUGAUUAUUCCAGAUUCCUACACCUGGUGCUUUGUAUCUGCAGACUCUGGAUGGGUUCUUACCAGAAAUCGGCAGUGCUCAAAAACAAAUUCCACCUCUUUGUCCAGCAGCCACUAAAGCCUAAGGGUUAACAUUUUAUCAAUAUGUUUGCUCAGUGGGCGGCACAGUGGUGCAGCUAGUAGAGCAGCAGCCUUGGUUCCAGAGGCCAGGUUUGAUCAUGACUAGGGUGCUGUCUCUGGACCAUCCCCCUGUAACUGGGUUUUCCCCAGGAGUAUCACAGAUUCACCACACUCUAGCUCAAGAAAUUCCUUAUUUCCAUUCUAAAGGAAGAUGUUGCAGACUCUGAGCGACUGGUUUUGGUGGGAUCACCUGUGGCUUCCCCGGAAUGUGACAUGGGCCGAUCUGCAGGACACAGAGGACUAUGAAUAUGCAACGGUCUCUCAUUUAUAUGUCACCGUCAUCUACGCCCUGCUCCUUAUAGUGGUCCGAUAUUUAUUUGAAAGGCUGGUAGCGACCCCACUUGCCAAAGUCAUGGGGCUCAAGGAACAAGCCCGGUUAAAGGCCACACAUAACCCUGUUCUAGAAAACGUUUUUGUCUCAGUUUCCAAACAUCCAAACAAGUCACAGUUAGAAGGGCUGUCUAAGAAAUGCAGCUGUUCUAUACGGCAAGCGGAGCGAUGGUUUAGGAGGAGGCGGAACCAGGACAGACCGAGUUUGAUGAAAAAGUUUCGCGAAGCUUGCUGGCGAUGUACCUUUUAUCUGCUGGCAUUUACUGGUGGGAUCACUGUCCUCAUUGAUAAACCGUGGUUUUACGACACCUGGGAGGUCUGGGUGGGAUACCCCAAACAGUCAUUGUUACCCUCUCAAUAUUGGUACUACAUCAUCGAACUGAGCUUCUACUGGUCACUAUUGUUCAGCAUUGCAUCGGAUGUCAAAAGAAAGGAUUUUCAAGAACAAAUAAUUCAUCAUUUAGCAACGAUCAUCCUGCUGAGUUUCUCCUGGUGUGCGAACUACAUCCGUGUGGGAACGCUGGUGAUGGCCGUACAUGAUGCCUCGGACAUCUUGUUGGAGUCGGCCAAGAUGUUUAAUUAUGCCGGGUGGAAAUCGCUCUGUAACUCCCUCUUCAUCGUGUUUGCCGCUGUGUUUAUAAUCACCAGGCUCAUCAUCUUCCCUUUUUGGAUCAUCCACUGUACCUGGGUCUAUCCCGUUCACCACUACCCACCAUUCUUCGGAUAUUAUUUCUUCAACGUCAUGCUGGUUGUCCUUCAGAUGCUUCAUGUUUUCUGGGCGUUCCUCAUCCUGCGGAUGAUGGCAAAGUUUCUCUUCAGUAAGCUGGAUGGAGAUGAUCGGAGUGAUAUGGAGGAGUGUGAGGCGAGCAGUGAAGAAGAGGGCAUGAAGAAUGGUACUGGUGCCAAUGGCCGUCCAUCGGUGAACAGCCAUCACUGACCCAGGGAGGAGGUCAGCUCUGAGCGGGCAGUGUAUACAUCUUCAGAGCUGGGAGUGCAGCAGCUUUGGCAACAAGUCUCACACUGUCAGUGGACCUGAGGAGAAGUGAGCAUUACCUACUCUUGUUUUUGUGCACCGCCAGCUUUGGAGUUACAGAAGAAGCUGCUCCGUAUGGAAAGUCUACAAGUAUUCACCUUGAAUAGCAGUGUCAAAUGUCAAUGUUGAAAACAGAAUCCUCUGGACCCCCAGCUAGUGGCAGGGUAUAUAUAACUCAUUGGAAUUGUGCACCAGGCUUCACAACAUCAGCCUCCACCUAUUCUAACUAUAAUAGCAUU